ACCAUAGCCAAUGGCCAUGGAAUCAUCACUUCUCCUACCGCACGUUCAGCUGGGGCUGCCAUGAAAGCAGUCUGCGGUCAGCAAGUCACCGACAACCUCCAAUCAAAUGAGUACGGAGACAUCCAGCAACUCAUCGAAAUCGGUGCCUCACAGAAGGAUUUUCACCCCGCUUCAUGCGACGUCAGCCUUUGCAAGGGCCUGCAGUUCGACGACAACUCUGCCAACAUUCAGAACUUCACCGCCGGCCAGGUGGUUCCUAUCAAAGUCGAUAUUCAAGCCAAGCAUACCGGUACAGCGAAUGUCUCCAUCGUCGAUACGGCGUCGAACACGAUGAUAAGCAAGCAACUCAUCUACUUUCCAGUAUAUGCGAGUACAGCGACAGAUAUUCCAAAGAACCAGACACAAUUCAACAUCACAAUGCCUGACGUCAGUUCACAAUGCUCGACCGCGGGCGUCUGUGUUGUUCAAUGGUUCUGGGACUCCAGGGAAUCCGACCAAACCUACAUAAGCUGUAUUGACUUU